CCCGUGGACGAUGGCAGCCACGAUCCAGGCCAUGGAGAGGAAGAUUGAAUCCCAGGCUGCUCGGUUACUUUCCCUUGAAGGCCGGACUGGUAUGGCCGAGAAGAAGCUGGCCGACUGCGAGAAGACGGCCGUGGAGUUCGGGAACCAGCUGGAGGGCAAGUGGGCCGUGCUGGGGACGCUGCUGCAGGAGUACGGGCUGCUGCAGCGGCGGCUGGAGAACAUGGAGAACCUGCUGCGCAACCGGAACUUCUGGAUCCUGCGGCUGCCCCCGGGCGGCAAGGGCGAGGUGCCCAAGGAGUGGGGACAGCUGGACGAGUGGCAGCGGGAGCUCUACAAGCACGUGAUGCGGGGCAACUACGAGACGCUGGUCUCCCUGGACUAUGCUAUCUCCAAGCCUGAGGUCCUCUCCCAGAUUGAACAAGGGAAGGAACCGUGCAGUUGGCGUCGCACUGGCCCCAAGAUUCCAGAUGUUCCUGUCGAUCCUAGUCCAGGCUCCGGGCCGCCCGUUCCGGCCCCUGACCUCUUGAUGCAGAUCAAGCAGGAAGGGGAGCUGCAGCUCCAGGAGCAGCAGGCGCUGGGGGUGGAGGCCUGGGCGGCUGGGCAGCCGGACAUCGGGGAGGAGCCCUGGGGCCUGAGCCCGCUGGACUCUGGGGCCGGAGACCUGUCGGCAGACACGACCCCUGGUGUCCAUUCCAGCUUUUCUACCACCAUCCCACCCACCUCCUGGCAGGCAGACCUCCCUCCCCACCACCCUUCUUCAGCCUGCUCAGAUGGGAGCCUGAGGCUCAACACCACAGCAUCCACAGAAGAUGUGAAAAUCGUGAUAAAAACGGAGGUCCAGGAAGAGGAGGUUGUGGCCACGCCAGUGCACCCUACUGACCUGGAGGCCCACGGAGCCCUGUUUGGACCAGGCCAGGCCACCAGGUUCUUCCCCAGCCCUGUCCAGGAGGGGGCCUGGGAGAGCCAGGGCGGCUCAUUUCCCAGCCAGGACCCCGUGCUGGGGCUGAGGGAACCCGGCCGGCCAGAGCGGGACGUCCGUGAGCUCAGCCCUGCUGUGGCCCAGGACGAGGUGCCUGCAGGGGACUGGCUCUUCGGGGGGGUUCGGUGGGGCUGGAACUUCAGGUGCAAACCUUCUGUGGGCUUGAACCCGAGGGCUGGGCCUGAGGGGCUCCCCUACCCGUCCCCAGACAGUGGGGAUGCUGUCCUGGACCCCGGCCAGGCCCCAAGACCCUUCAGCGAGCGCUGUAAGUACCCGGGCUGGACCAAGGGCUUUGGCCACAAGCCGGGGCCCAAGAAGCACCCGACGCACACCGGCGAGCGGCCCUUCCCGUGCACCGAGUGUGAAAAGCGCUUCACGGAGCGCUCCAAGCUCAUCGACCACUACCGGACGCACACGGGCGUGCGGCCCUUUGCCUGCACGGUCUGUGGCAAGAGCUUCAUCCGCAAGGACCACCUGCGCAAGCACCAGCGCAACCACGCGGCUGGCGCCAAGGGGCCGGCCCGAGGGCAGCCGCUCCCGCCGCUGCCGGCCGCGCCCCCGGACCCCUUCAAGAGCCCUGGCUCCAAGGGGCCUGGAGCCAGCACAGAGCUGGUGACAGACUGGACCUGUGGCCUCAGCGUCCUGGGGCCCACCGAUGGCGGUAACCUGUGA